CUCUCUCUCUCUCUCUCUCUCUCUCUCUCUAUGGUCGUGUUCGGUUUCUCAGUAUAAACACUAAGCAUUAAAAUGAGUGAAAAAGAAGAGAAAUCGACAGUAAAAAGUGGAGAUGCGGCGGAACAGGACUGGGAGGCGGCCAAAACCUUCUACAAAAAUCUGAAGAGUAAAAAACCCAGACCUCCAAAGCCAAGCACUGCAAUUACAAUUGCUGUUUCAUCUCGGACUCUGUUCAACAUGGUGGAGGAGAGGAAGAUCUAUGAGGAGAAAGGCCUGGAGCAGUAUGUCAGCCACAACCAACAACAUGAGGAUCAACCACUCAAACCUGGAGCAGCCUUCCCCUUUGUCAAGGCGCUGAUGACUGUGAAUGCUUGUCUGAGGAAGCUGUACCCAGACAGUGAGGAGCUGUUUGAUAUCGUAUUAAUGACUAAUAACCACGCCCAGGUUGGGGUGCGGCUAAUCAACACCAUCAAUCACUACGAUCUGUUGAUUGAAAGGUUUUGUAUGACCGGAGGUGAGAGUCCAGUGGGUUAUCUGAAGGCAUACAUGACCAACCUGUACCUGUCUAAAGACUCAGUGAAAGUGCAGGAGGCAAUUGAGGAGGGCAUUGCAGCAGCCACCCUGUUCAGUCCAGAUAAAAAGAUGGAUUUGAGUGAAUCUCAACUCAGAGUAGCGUUUGAUGGUGAUGCUGUGCUUUUCUCAGACGAGUCUGAGAUCAUUGUGAAACAGCAAGGUCUGGACGAGUUCUUUGAGCAUGAGAAAGCAAAUGUGAACAUACCACUUGCUAAGGGUCCUCUGAAGUGUUUCCUGGAAGCUUUGGGAAAACUUCAGAGAAAGUUCUACGCUAAGAACGAGCGGAUGAACUGCCCGAUCCGUACCUUUCUAGUGACAGCACGUAGUGCUGCGAGUUCUGGAGCUAGAGUUUUAAAAACUCUGCGCAGCUGGGGACUGGAGAUCGAUGAGGCACUCUUCCUCGCUGGAGCUCCCAAAGGUCCUCUUCUAGAGAAGAUCAAACCACACAUCUUCUUUGAUGAUCAGAUGUUCCACAUUGAGGGAGCCAAAGAGACCGGCACCAUCUCUGCGCAUGUUCCUUAUGGGAUUGGACAGAAAUAUCACAAAGGCAAACUGAUCGAUCAGCCGGAAAAACAGAAGUGAGAGAGUGAGAACGCUGAGUUUCAGGAGCAGAAGGUUCUGAUUAUUCAUCACUGAAUUAUAAGGAAUUUAUUUAAUUAGCAAUCAGAUCAGAAAGGUUUACAGUAUGCUAACUAGAUAUGUGCUGAUACUCAGUUACACUGAAUGGUUAAGGUUAGAGUUAAGGGUGAUGUUAGGUUGUGGGUGGAGUCAGUGUGAAGAGUGCCGUUUGAUCUUUACUAAGAUUUCUCUAGUAAAUAUUAAACAUUACAUAAUGUAAGUUUAAGGUGUUGUUAAGGUGGAGGUGGGCAGGUGGGGUUAUAAAAGUGAGACAGUGUCUGCCUCACAGGGAAUAUUUUAGUGUCUGUAAAAGGUCAGAGGUCGUUACCAUAGUUACAUGUAGUUUGCUGGUGUAACAAUAGUAACGUGCAAAUUGACAUUCAGACAAAGUGUCAUUUAAAUUAGUUGAAUAAAAUGUUUAAUGUUGCUGUAUGCUGAAAAUAUUUAAACAGGUUUGUUUUAGUUGAGAGUUUCUGUUAUUAUUAUUAUUAACUGGAUAUCAGUUAAUGUUCUUAAAGGUGAGGUCUCCGUUGUUUGAGAAAUGCUUCAGAAAACAUUGAGUCUGGAUGACAAACAAAACAAAAACAAAAACGUGCAGCCAAUGAGCAGAAAGGGGCGUGUCUUGUCAGUAUGGGCGGAGAGAGUGUUCAGUGCGCAUGUGUGACAUUAGCAGAAAGCGGUUUUAACAUUGACAUGGAGGAUAAAAACAAAAAAAGAAAGUGAAGAAAGGCUUACGAUAAGGCAAGAAGUAGGACCCGUGUUAAUAUAGGAUCAGCUUUCCAGCGCUGGAGAGAACUGAAGGAGCGGGAAGUUGGCCGCAUAUUCACAGAUUAGAGUUUCCCGAGUCAAUAACUCCUGAGCUAAACACUGUUACUACACAAAUAACACUCCUUUUCUAUCAUAGUAAUGUAGAGAGGCAGCUACAACCGCGUUUUGUGUAGUAACAGCGUUUAGCUCAGGAGUUAUUGACUCGGGAAACUCCAAUCUGUGAAUAUGCUGCCAACUUAAGGGUCUCUUUUUUCCUUCUCGAUAGGUGAGUAACAUUGGUUUUGCUUUGUUUCACAGAACUAAUAUAUGGCGUCCUUUGCAUGAUUAUGAUAAAGCUAUGAUAAAGACACAUUUCUUUCCAUUAGUUGCCUAGGUUAUGUAUAUAUGUAUGUGUGGGCGGAGCUAUCAAUACAGGGGUGGGACCCAUUUGGGUUAGGGGCGUGUUUGUUUUGGUGAUUUUAUAUGCCAACAUUGGCUUUCAAACAACAGAGACCCCACCUUUAAUAGAGUUUAAUAAAAUGCAGCUGCAGUUUUAACUUCAGGUUUACAUGAAUAAAUAGGUAUUACAGAAACCAUUUGGAUUUAUAUUUGGCUAGUGCACUUACUUUAAAUCAUUUUUACUGUUUUACAAAAUAAACAAAUUAUUAUGCUUUUA